ACGUGCUGGAGGGGUCCACUGCAGGAGUGUUGGAGACCGGGGGUAGCGAGCACGAACGUCACACUCCUGGGGAAGAGGAGCGCUCUCCGGGAAUGCGUGUGGUACAUCGGGAAGAGGAGACUCAACGUUGGCAGUCUCGCAAAGUGUUGGAGACCGGGGGUAGCGAGUGUGAACGUCAUGCUUCAGAGGGUGCCUCCGUGGACAAUGACAGCGAGAGUGCAGGACCUCUGGGGGAAACACAUGCUCUACAGCGGGGAGAGGAAACUCGACAUGGGCCGGCUCGUGACGACGUGAAGUGGCUCCACGCACGAGCGCUGGUGAUCGGGACGUCCGAAGAGGUUCUGCACAGUCAUUCGGCUGUGGCCACGACGCAAGAGGGUGUCGUUAAGGGAGGUCAGUGGACGUCCGGGCAAGCUCCCGUUCUUGGCGAUGAUGAAGACGAAGAAGAACCCGCGGUGGAAGCUCGGGUUCAUGGCGAUGAGAAAGGCGGAGAACCCGUGGUGGAAGGCGAUGAGGUGACUGUCGACAUCCAGAUGGAUCCACAGCGGAAAGAUGGUGAUUGUUCGCCCACCCAUUGCAGUGAAGAACAGGGUGGUCGAUCGUCUGUCCUGAGCACCGCACGGGGAAUGGUGCUUCAUGAAGCCAUAAAGUUGGGUGACGACUCGGCAGCCAUCGAGCUUGUUAGCGACUCAGGCGUGGCCGAGAUGCAGAACGUCGAAUCCUCCGUGGAAGGGGGUGAGGUGGCCGUCAGCAUCAAGAUGGAUCCAGAGCUGAAUGACCAUGAUUCUUCGUCCACCCGUUGCGGUGCCGAACAGGGUGAUCGAGCAUUUGUCCUCAGUACCGGUCAGGAAAUGGUGCUUCAUGAAGCCAUCGACUUGCCAAGCGACUCAGCUGCCACCGAGCUGGUUAGCGACAAAGCUGUAGUCGAUGUCCAGAACCUCGAAUCGUCCGUGGAUGUUGGCGCAGUGGCGCGACAGGAGGGCGAGUUCCCUCAAAGGGCUCGUGAGCAUGGUAAGAUUUGUGAAUAGGAACACUCACAUAUCUGUCACCAGCCAGCUCUGUGGUUGUCCAAAUUGAUG